GCCAGCAGAUAUUGCCUGACAAACUUGUUGGGCAGCUUUGAAAAAAAUACUAUUAGCAUAUUGCUAGAUACAGGUUUCCCAGUCUUCUGCAGGGAACUUCGUGUUGAUGGCAUUUGCAUGAAAUUGCACCAUGCUGCUAUCAUCAGCAAUUGGUUAGAGGCUGAGCUUUCCCACAUGAGAGUGGCAGAUUUUUGUAAUACAGUGUUCACAAGAACGUGCUCCAGAGCUCAGCUGUUGUGCUCUUCAUUUAACCUGUUCGGGCAAGAAGGUUUGGGCACACCUGCAAUAUGCCUCAUGACCUACAUUUGGUGUGAACAAUCUCACAGCUCCAUUUCAGAUCUUCCAAGAGGUGUGGAAGUGGAGCAAUACAAACUUCAGCACUGAAGAAGCCCUGAGUUUUGUUUUCAGAAGGUUCUGGAGAGUAGCCAAAAACCACUUCAUGAUGGGCUCCAUUUCUAGGCCAGUUACCGAGUUUUGCCUUGAUCUCUACAAUAAGCUCAACAGAAAUGCGGAGAAUACAAAUAUCGUCUUUUCUCCAAUGAGCAUCUCUGUUGCCCUGGCCCUGGUCCAUCUAGGUGCAAGAAACAACACUGCUGCUCAGAUAGAAGAAGUGCUCCAUGCCAGGAAAGCUACAGGAAGAACGAGCCUUGGAUCUGACCGUGAGAGCGUAGAAACAGAGCCAGAAGGAAGACAGGAAAGGCAGCUUUCCCCCUCACAGUGUAACAAGGAUGGAGACCUCAACCAUAAAGAGUUCCAGGCACUGCUUUUACAACUACAAAACCUUGGUGAAAGAUAUGUUUUAACCCUCGCCAACAAUCUCUUUAUACAACAAGGAUUUGAACUCCAGCAGCAAUUUCUAAUGUGCUCUAAGGAACUAUAUGGAGCAAUGCUACAAACAGUAGACUUUCAUGGUGCUGUUGAAGCUGCCAGAAUAAAAAUCAACGCUUGGGUUGAAAGUGAGACACAAGGUAAAAUCAAGGAACUCUUUGCUCCUGGUGUGAUUGAUGUACAUGCAUUACUGGUGCUGGUGAAUGUAAUCUACUUCAAAGCAUCUUGGGAGCACAAGUUUGAGGAACAAAAAACUGUACAGCGAGACUUUAAACUGAAUCAGAAUAAGAGAAAAGCUGUGCAGAUGAUGUAUCAGAAAGGAACAUUUAAAUUAGGCUACAUUGAGGAGAUGAGUGCUCAGGUCCUUGAACUCCCUUAUGCUCAGAAGACACUGAGCAUGAUCAUCCUGCUGCCAGGUGAUACGGCUGAUGGAUCUACCAGUGGGCUGGAGCAGAUUGAAAGCACAAUGACUUAUGAAAAUUUAAUGCUGUGGGCCUCUUCAGAGCACAUGUUUGAGACAACAGUAGAGGUAUACCUCCCCCGAUUCAAGCUUGAAGACGCCUUUAACCUCAAUGAGGUAUUACAAGAGAUGGGGAUGACUGACGUCUUCAGUGAAUCAAAAGCUGACCUUUCUGCAAUGUCAUUUGCAAAGUCUCUGGUACUGUCAAAUGUUGUCCAUAAGACAUACGUGGAAGUCAACGAGGAAGGCACUGUAGCAGCAGCUGGUACAGCAGGUGCCAUUGUGAGAAGGUCUCUUCCUCUCAAGGAGGUCUUUAUGGCUGACCACCCUUUCUUGUUUUUUAUUAGACAUAAUCCUACUAAUAUCUUUCUUUUCUUUGGCAAACUCUGCUCACCUUAAAAUCAGGGACAUUUUCUAACAUUGUGAGAAACAGCUGGAUCAAAAUGAAAAAUUGUAUUUUUUCCCAAUGCAUUCUUAAUCCUUUGACAGCUAGUUUGUAUUUCAAAGUGAUCUCUACAACCAGUUUAGCAUGGAACCAGCUAAUUGAAUGCUUUGCCGCUAGGCUCCCUGAAUUGCAAAUAUUUAUCUGAAUCCAGAAUAAGAGUAAAUUUUGCCUUAACCUCAUUGGAUAUGAAUAACAUUUUGUUUCCUCAAUGACCACAUAUGCUCCUGUAUUCCUGCAUUCAUAUGCAUUCCUGCAUAUUAAUGAUGAUGACAAAAGGGUUGAGGUUAGAAGAGACCUCUGGAGGUCAUCUGGUCCACCUCCCCUGCUCAAGCAAGGCCACGUACAGCUGGUUGCUCAGGACCAUAUCCAGAUGGCUUUUGGAUAUCUCUGAGGAUUGAGACUCCACCACCUCUCUCUGGACUAUCACUCCUGUGUGCUCCCUAAGGUCUGAAAUGACUCCAAAGAGAAAUUUGUAUGCACGCUGUCUGGCGUAACAGGAUACAAACCCACACAUUUCUAACGAUGGUUAAUUAUUUACAUAGUAAAGAAGGCAGUAUAUGGGGAUAAACCAAGUGUUUUCAGUCUCAAAGAAUAGGAAGAAAAUGUUCUAAAGUACCCCACUGAAGUUACUGAUUUGUGAACUGUAGCCAUGAGCUUCCAAUAAAUGUUUUUUCUUCUUUA